AUGAGCUCUCUCGAUUCGCAUCUGCACACUGCGCUGCAGACUGCCGAGGAUGCCCUUGUCACCGUAGUCGAUGGUCUCCAACUUCGCAAGGAUGCGCCAUUCUCUCCCGACGUGCCCAAAGAGCUUCUCAACUCUAUGCCCGACCUCACUGGUCGCUUACUUCUGACAUUUCCCUGGUCCAAACCAAGACCUGUGGAUCCGUCGCAGCAUAGCGUCUGGAUCUUUGACAACACUGCAUAUCGCGUCCAGCUGAGCCAGGAUGCGAAGGUCAACAAGCACCAGGCAGACCCAAAAAUCAUCGCCGCUCCCAACGAACCUCUACCCCCACCGUACUGGGAAGUCGAGUAUGUAGCGGCAUACUUCUCCCGUGAGACCUGUCGCGAACCCUCCCACGUCAUCGCCCACCUUGCUCGUUUGCUUGGACUUGCAAGAGAGGCAGCAACUGAAGAAGAGUGUAUGGAUGAAAUCAAGGACAAGCUCGACGUUACACUCAUCGAGAAGCGCCUUGAACCUUUUCUGAAUCCCAUCCUCCCUCGUCACACAAUUCGCGUCAAGAUCGCCGACACUGAGACACAGACACUGGGGCCCUCGAGUUCGUCGGGUAUCUCAUCUGACCUGCUCCGUCUACACUUUGACGCUCCAGCCGGAACACAACUCACCACGACGGCGAACUCAGAUCCAACGCCUUGCUUCGUGACGCCGGGUCAUACUGUUGUUGCUGAGCCCAAAGGCUGGGGAGUCAUCUCGGAUAUCGACGACACCAUCAAGAUCACUGACACACUUUCCCCAAUUGCCGUGCUCAAGUCAACCUUCAUUGAUGCGCCCACCCCAGUCUCUGGCAUGCCUGAACUCUACAAUGAGAUGGUGAAGCUAUUCAACGACCCCAUCUUCUUCUAUCUCUCGGGAUCCCCUUACAAUCUGUAUCCGUUCCUGCGUGAAUUCCGCCAGAAGUACUUCCCCGAUGGCACAAUGAUUCUCCGUGACGCAUCCUGGCAGAACCUUGGCGGUUUGAUCAGCAGUCUCUCAGUCAACGUGCAGGAAUAUAAAGUUGACAGACUAGAGAAGAUGCACACUUGGUUCCCGCAACGCCAGUUCAUCUGUAUCGGCGACAGCACACAAAAAGACCCUGAGUCUUACGGCGAGAUUGCAAGACGCCAUCCCGGCUGGAUCAAAGCCAUCUACAUCCGUCGUGUUCCAGAUGGGAACGAGGUACAAGGUGCAUUGAACCCUGACAGAAAUUCAGACAAGCGCUUCGAGACAGCUUUCAAAAGAUUAGACAGCAAGAUGUGGUUGGUAUUUGACAACGCUGACGAGGUGAGGAAGAAUAUUCAGCUAUUGAAGAAGUAG